AUGUUAGUCUCAUGGAACAUAAGGGGACUCAAUAAAGUAGGAAAAAUUUGUGAGAUUCGGUCCCGUCUCCAAGAGAUAAAGCCUGCUAUUAUCAUUUUGAUUGAAACCAGAGUUAAAGAAGCUAAAGCCAAGGCCAUUCGAGAGAAACUGAUGGUGUAUGAUAAUCAUAUUGACAACUACAAAGACCAUACAAAUGGUAGAAUUUGGAUUCACUUGGAUAGUAACAGGGUGAAUUUGAAAUGCAUACAAAGUAGCAGCCAACAUAUCCACUCUGGUAUUUAUGAUAAUCUUGGUGAUUUCAAGCACUGGUUAACUGCUGUAUAUGCUCGUAACCAGCUGAACAAAAGGAAAACCCUGUGGGCAGAAAUUGAAAACAUAUCUGGUAGCAUCCAAGGACCUUGGUGUAUCAUUGGAGACUAUAAUAAUGUAACCAAAUCCCAGGACAGAUUGAGAGGGAAUCUAGUGACUGAAAAGGAAUAUGCAGACCUGAAAAAAAUGAUAGAGAAUACGAGUUUAAGUGAAAUGGAUAGCAUUGGUGACCAUUUCACAUGGUCCAAUAAACAAGCAGCUAGUCCCAUCUAUUUAAGAAUUGACAGAGUGUUAGGCAAUACUAAUUGGUUCCUCACCAAUAUGGAGACUAUUCUAAAAAUCCUUCCUCCUAAUGUCUCUGAUCAUGCCAUGCUGUUUUUAGAAUGUAAACAAGAACAGUGGAAAAAAUCAAGACAGGCUAAGUUUAAGUUUAGCAAUUGCCUUACUGAACUACCAGGUUAUGACAAUUUGAUCAAGAAAAGUUGGGAUGGCCAUAUUAGACGUAGUCUAAUGUAUGUUCUUUGGCAAAAACUCAAGAGAUUGAAGCAUGAGUUAAAAAACUUCAGCAAACCUCUAUCUGAUGUGAAAAACAAAUUGAUAUCAGUUAGAAAUACCCUCAGAGAAACACAAGAAAAGCUGAGCAAUGACAAAAUGAACAACACAUUGAUUGGGAAGGCUAAAGACUUGACUGAAGAAGUGAUAUCCCUGAACGAAAUGGAAUGGAAGAUUCUGCAGCAAAGGGCUAAGAUUGAUUGGAUUAGAAAAGGAGAUGGAAACAAUCAGUAUUUUUAUGCUGCUAUCAAAGGUAGACAUCACUCCAACAUCCUAAACAACCUGAGGAAGAAUGAUGGUAGGCAAAUUACAACCAAGAAAGACAUUGAAGAUGAAGUGAUCAAUUUCUACAGAAACCUAAUGGGCAAAGAUGAUGAAAGCAUUAGCCAUAUUGAUAUUGAGGCCAUGAGGAUGGGAAAGCAACUUGAUAUGGACCAAAGGGAAUACCUCACCAAAACCAUAUCAGAAGACGAAAUUACCAAAGCCCUUAAAGGAAUUGGAGACCUCAAAGCACCAGGACUGGAUGGUUAUGGAGCCAAAUUUUUCAAGACCAUUUGGACAACUAUAAAAACUGAUGUAAUAGCAGCUAUUAAGAAAUACUUUGAAAUAGGCAAAAUAUACAAAGCUUUCAACAGUGUUGUAGUAUCCCUGAUUCCAAAAGGCCAAAAUUCUUGUGAAAUCAAAGACUACAGACCUAUAGUUGUCUGCACCACUUUCUAUAAGAUUAUUUCCAAAAUUCUGACUGACAGAUUAGGAUCUGUCAUUCCUAGUGUGGUGAAUCACAAUCAGGCAGCCUUCAUACCAGGCCAGAACAUUCAUAAUCACAUCAUGCUUGCUACUGGGCUUAUUAAAGACUACACCAGGAAAGGGGGUACACCUAGAAUUAUGAUGCAAAUAGAUCUACAAAAAGCAUAUGAUAUGGUUAAUUGGAGGGCUUUGGAGUGCAUCAUGAAAGAAAUGGGAUUCCCUAACAAAUUCAUCCAAUUGACGAUGCUCGGCAUCACCACUCUGUCCUACAGCUUCAAUAUCAUGGGGGAAUACAUUGAUAUCCUGCAGGCUAAAAGGGGGAUUCGGCAGGGUGAUCCUCUAUCACCUAUGCUCUUUGUCCUCAUAAUGGAAUAUAUGAACAGACUGAUGGUGAAAAUGCAAAGAAAUCCUAAUUUCAACUACCAUGCCAAGUGUGAAAAUUUGAAUAUUACCAACCUCACUUUUGCAGAUGAUGUGCUGUUAUUUUGUAAAGGAGAUGAAAUAUCAAUGCAAUUGAUUUUAAGGGCAUUCAGGGAUUUCUCCAAUUCCACGGGAUUGAUAAUGAACCCAAACAAAUGCAAGAUCUAUUUUGGAGGAUUGGACAAUGAGAAGAAAAAAAUAUUGAAAGAGCUGUCGGGUUUUCGAGAAGGAACGCUGCCAUUCAAAUACCUGGGAAUACCACUGUCUAGCAAAAAAUUAACCAUCACCCAUUUUAUGCCCUUGGUGGAUAGAAUAAUGGCUAGAAUUCAUCAUUGGUCAUCUAAACUCCUAAGUUACGCAGACAGAAUUCAGUUGGUGAAAAGUAUCUCUUCAGCAAUGGUACAAUAG